CCGUGCCGGGCGGGGCGGCGAUGGCGGGGAUGGCGGAGGCGCUGGCCAAGGAGCGGGCGGCGGCGUUGGGCGAGGGGCGGCACGGCCGCGCUGUGCCCUACCUGGGGCAGCGCUUCGAGACCCUGCGCCAGGAGUGCCUGCAGGAGGGGCGGCUCUUCCAGGACCCCUCCUUCCCCGCCGGCCCCAGCGCCCUCGGCUACCGGGAGCUGGGGCCCCGCUCGCACAAGACACAGGGCGUCGUCUGGCGCAGACCCACGGAGCUGUGUUCCAGCCCCCGGUUCAUCGCGGGAGGAGCCACCCGCACGGACAUCUGCCAAGGGGCCUUAGCUUUUCUCUGCAGAUGCUGUGGCAGCAAGGGCAUGGGAAUGAAAGAUUUGAAGCUUCACUUUCAAGUUGUGAAAUUGCUGUUGCUAAUACCAAACUCUGUUUUUAAAUUGGUGAAAGCAUUUGCUGCCCUAGUGGUCUUUGGACCAAGCUGGAGAUUAGGUAAAUGCAGAGAUGGCUAUGUGAAAAUUAAAAGUAAAACACUGAAAGCAGGAAAAAGUUGGGUGGACGUGGUGGUGGACGACAGGCUGCCCACCAAGAACGGGGAGCUGCUCUUCGUGCACUCGGCGGAGGGCAGCGAGUUCUGGAGCGCGCUGCUGGAGAAGGCCUACGCCAAGCUGAAUGGCUCAUAUGAGUCCCUCUCUGGUGGCACCACCACCGAAGGCUUCGAGGACUUCACCGGCGGCAUUGCAGAAUGGUAUGAGCUGCAGAAGCCACCCCCCAACCUCUUCAAGAUCAUUCAGAAGGCACUCCAGAAAGGCUCUCUCCUUGGCUGCUCCAUUGAUAUCACCAGUGCUGCAGAAACAGAAGCAGUCACUUCCCAGAAGCUGGUGAAGGGACACGCGUACUCGGUCACCGGGGCACAGGAGGUGAACUUCCGAGGGACAGUGCAGAAGCUGAUCAGAAUCCGAAAUCCCUGGGGAGAAGUGGAGUGGACUGGGAAAUGGAAUGACAACUGCCCGAACUGGAGUGGUGUUGACCCUGAGGUGCGGGAGCGACUGACCAGAAGACACGAGGAUGGGGAAUUUUGGAUGGCGUUCCACGACUUCCUGAGGCAUUACUCCCGCCUGGAGAUCUGCAACCUGACUCCAGACACCCUGGCAAGUGACAGGUACAAAAAGUGGAGCCUGCAGAAGCUGGAUGGCAACUGGAGGCGAGGAGCCACUGCAGGGGGCUGCAGGAACUACCCAAACACAUUCUGGACGAAUCCUCAGUAUUUAAUCAAGCUGGAGGAAGAAGAUGAGGACCCUGAUGAUCCUGAGGGGGGAUGCACUUUCCUCAUUGGGCUGAUCCAGAAGCACCGUCGGAGGCAGAGGAAGAUGGGGGAGGACAUGCACACCAUCGGCUUUGCCAUUUAUGAGGUGCCCCCAGAGUUUUCUGGCCAGACAAAUAUUCAUCUGAGCAAAAACUUCUUCCUGACCAACAAAGCCCGGGAAAAAUCCAAUACCUUCAUCAACCUCCGGGAGGUGCUGAACCGCUUCAAGCUCCCUGCAGGAGAAUACAUCAUCGUGCCCUCCACCUUCGAACCCGACAAGAACGGGGACUUCUGCCUCAGGGUCUUCUCUGAAAAAAAUGCAAACUCCACGGUGAUAGAUGAUGAAAUUGAAGGCAAUUUUGAUGAGACUGAGAUCAGUGAAGAUGACAUCGAACCCAGCUUUAAAAAGCUUUUUGGGCAGCUAGCAGGAAAUGAUGCAGAGAUCUCUGCCUUCGAACUGCGCAGCAUCUUGAAUAAAAUCCUGGCUAAACGCCAAGAUAUUAAAUCUGAUGGCUUUAGUAUUGAGACAUGCAAAAUAAUGGUUGACCUGUUAGAUAAUGAUGGGAGUGGCAAACUGGGACUGAAGGAGUUCCACACCCUCUGGACAAAGAUUCAGAAAUACCAGAAAAUUUACAGAGAAAUUGAUGUGGAUCGAUCGGGUACCAUGAACUCGUAUGAGAUGAGGAGGGCACUGGAAACAGCAGGGUUCAAACUGAACUGCCAGUUACAUCAGGUCAUCGUGGCUCGCUUUGCUGAUGAGGAUCUCGUCAUUGACUUUGACAACUUCGUACGCUGUUUGAUUCGGCUCGAAACCUUGUUCAAAAUGUUUAGAAAACUGGAUACUGAGAAAAGUGGGACAAUAGAAUUGAACCUUGUUAAUUGGCUGUGCUUCACUGUCAUUUGAGCCACUGGCAUCAGCCUGAGACUCAACAAGAGCAUGGUCAGGUGAAGAUAAUCAAGCUACAUACAAGGAAUAUCCAAACAUGAAUGUGCCUUAACUUACACAAAGCUAGCAGAUUUUGCAUGCAAUUGCAAGAAGAAAAGCAUUCUACUUCCACAGAAGAACCUGCAACCUCAUUUUUAUGGGUCUGACAAUCUGUGCCUAAUAUCAUACAGCCUCUGGACAAAGGCUUUAAUUUAGUAUCAAUCCUCAGUGCAAGUUUUGAAAACACUGCUUUGCUAAUAUCUUUGUAUUUAAGGCAUUUUACAGGACUUCAGGAAGAAAAGCUCAUUAUAGCUUGACAAUCUGGUUUUAAAAAGUGCUUUUUGAACAACAUCCUGCAUAUCUAAAAUUAGUAAAGAGAUAGUAAUGCAUAUCUAAACACCUGUACUCAGAGAUAGGGGUUCCAAGCCCCAGCACUAUCCUAAGUUAAAUAUUCUUUAAAGAAUUUGAGUAGCAAGUACGUCUUUGACCAAAGUGAGCAUUGAUGUGCCUGGAGCAGGAGGCUGUUGGCAACAAGAUCUUUCCAAGAGAAAGCCCAUGUCUUCAGGUGGAAUCUUGAGUUCCUGUAUCUUAUUUAUCUUCCUUUGCAAUACAAGAAAGUAUUUAAAUUUAAAAAAAAAAUAGAAAUAAAGUUUGUCACACUUAUUUCUACUGAAAA